UCUGCCCGUGCCAAUUCUCGGGCACUCUUUCGUCUCGUCGAACCCAAAUCGAAUCCCAACGUCAUCGAUUGUCUUCAUGGCAUGCGUUGCAUGUCGCUUAUUUGGGUUAUAUUUGGUCAUCAAUAUCUUAUAUCACUUGCUACUCCCAAAACUAAUUAUGUGAGCCUUAAUAGUUGGUUUCGAACAUUUUUUGCCAACUUUAUAUUACAUGGUUUCUUCUCCGUGGAUACGUUCUUUUUCCUCAGUGGUUUGUUAUUGGUAAUGAUUGCUUUACGGUCCCUGGAAAAAACGAAAGGGAAAAUGAAUAUCCCAAUGAUGUAUCUGCAUCGCUAUUUGCGUCUGACUCCUGUCUUGGGUGUCGCUAUUCCCAUGUACAUGAAGCUUCUUCCUCUAAUGAGUGAUGGUCCUGUGACUGACAGAAUUAGUUUUGGCGACUUCGAAGUUUGCAAACGCACUUGGUAUUUGUCUUUACUCUAUGUUCAGAACUAUGCAACUGGAGACAUGUGCCUGGAUCACACCUGGUACCUAGCUGUAGAUAUGCAACUUUAUAUUCUAUCACCAAUAUUCCUUAUCGCAUUAUACAAGUGGGGCAAGAAAGCCGCUGGGGGAAUCUUUGUUUUCAUGCUUCUACUAUCUGGUUGCCUCUUUGCCACAAUGAUGACUAAUAAGUACCAGUUUUACUUAGAAAUGGGAGGCAUGACUGGAGAGGCUUUAACCAAAGUCUACCAUGCUACACACACACAUGCAGCACCUUGGUUAAUCGGACUACUUUGUGGAUAUUUCCUGCAUUUGAAUCGCAACCGGACUUUCAAGCUCAAUCACAGUGUAAUUUGGCUAGGAUGGAUUGUCAGUCUGGCCUUGAUGUUUGUCUCAUUAUUUGCACUGUAUCCAGCUACUCAGUCGGGAGCAGCAGCUCUGACCACGUUGGAACAGUCCUUCUAUUACACACUGACUCGAAUCGCGUGGCCCCUUUCCUUAUGCUGGGUGGUAUUUGCCUGUAUGAAAGGAUAUGGAGGAUUGGCUGACAGUUUCCUCUCCUCACCAUUAUGGCAACCACUCUCAAGACUUUCCUACUCUGCCUAUAUCUUCCAUGUCUACAUAGAGCUGGUAAAUGAUAAACGAGUGCGAUCGACAGUUUAUUUAUCGAACUACGAUAUGAUGUUAUCCUUUUGGGGGUCAUUCGGCUUUACUGUGCUGAUGGCUUACGUCAUGUACAUCAUUUUGGAAGCACCCUUGGGAGCUCUCGAAGGCAUGCUCUUGUCUCAACGCCGCCCAAAGCCAAGGACUGAAGUAUUGAAUAAGACACAGGUUGAUACAAGUUAAAUACUUAACCGAGAAAAUUUCACCGACCUCUGUGAUGAUUUGUUAAUAAAUUGAAAUAUGUUAAG